AUGUUGGACGUGGUCCCGCGUAAUGUAAACAUUUCGGUUACUACACAAAUGAUAAGUGAGGUUUUAUUCGAAAAUAAGUUUGCUGAACGUUUACUGGCUGUGGAUGGAUUUCACUGCGGUGUGUUGAUAGGUGGAUGUCUUGGAUCUCAAGAGUGUUUGUUCUUACCUGUUGAAAUACCUUGCAAUGAAGUUCAAGAGAGCCAGAAUAGUUCUGUGUCUUUCAAUAAAGUUGAAGAUAUAAAGGAAAAAUGGGUUGGUUCUCACUGCAGAAACCUUGCUCGUAUGAUACCUGGAGGUGUUCGCAUUAGUGGGAUCUGUUUAACUCUCCCACAUUCUGAACUUACAAGUCACAUUGAACACAUUAAGAAAAUUCUUUCUCAUAUGUCACGUGAUGAAACACUAACAAGCAAGUAUGUCAGCCAAGAUAACAGAGAAAAAAUAGUUUUGGUGGUUGACUCUACAACUAAAAAGUUUCUAUGUAAAGCUGUAGCUGCAGAUGGAUCUAAUAGUCAUCUUCGAACGUUAGAUGUCAAAAUUCGGCCUGUAUUUGAUCGAUGGGUGGCCUUCAAAACCAACAUAUUAUUGUCUCUAGAAACGCACUUACCGUCUGAUCGGAAGAAGGAGAAAAUUUCACAUCAGCUCCAGGCUGCUGUUGACCCAUAUCUUCAGUCCCUUGUUACUGAAACUCAGCUUAUGAUCAAUGGCGAGUUGCGUCAGCUGGAUGAAAAACUAUUAAAAGACUCAGAUCUUCCUCUGCCCGUCGAUGACGAUUUCCAGACAAAGAAAAAUAAAAGGAAAUCUAAAUCAAAACGGUAUGAUAUAUCUCUUGGAGAUGUAAACCAUUCUACUAAUUCUGAAGCAGAAAGCAAAAAGUAUAUAAUUACAAAAGACUUAGUCAGUCCAGCAUUUACCCCGCUGGAUAUAGUAAUAUUUGGACCACAGUUUCCUCAUUGGCAACGUGCCAGUUCAUCAUCGUCUCUUGAAUCUGGUGCUAGUUCAGAUACAAAUAUGAAUAAUGGAAAUGAUACUAGUGGAUCAUCUAGUAGUUUUAUCUCAAUUAAUCGGUUAUUAAUUAGUGGUCGAAUUCCUGGAAUAGCAUUUUUACCAGUUAAUUCUAACGUUGGAGAUUUACUGGAGGCAUUACGGAAGGAUCUCAUAAGAAGUAUCUUAGUACGACUACAACUUUUAACGGAAGAACUACACAUUACCAGUGCUGAGUUAGAAGUUCCGCGUAUGAUGUUGCCGCAGCGCGUCUUAGUUCGGCUUCCACCCUGUCCAACACUUCCGUUAUCUGAUUACAAAUUCCUUUCUGAAACUCCGGAAGACGUCGUGAACCGUUUAGUUUACUUCUGUUCUCCUCUUGGUACUGCUGUUUCUAGUGAUUCUGUUGAUGUUGGUAUUACACACUCAGCAUCGGAUAAUUCUCUCACUGAUGUUGAAUCGACGUCUCAGAUUCUGUCAUCAAAUGAUCGGAUUGAUGCAUCAUGUCUGGAUACUACCCUGGAAAAAACGCCUGAAAUCAGUGCUGAGGACGACUAUUCAGAAUCAGAACUAUUAGAUGAAGUUGUUGAAUCAGUCCCAAACCGUAGCUCACUCCUAAUAUCCAGUCCUAUCAUAGUGAUUACUAGCAUUAUGGCAUUGGUUAUAGCUAUUUUGUUAGCAUAUUAUAUCUUUACUACUCAGUCACACGCCACAAAAGCCUCUUCUGACCCCACUACUUCUUCGUCAUCAUAUUCACCAUCGCCAAAAGAAAUGUGA